AUGCGGGAGGCGAAGCUGGAGCCCAACGUCAUCAGCUACACCGCUGGGAUCAGUGCGUGCGAGAAGGGCGAGCAGUGGCAGUGGGCCCUGGCGCUGCUGAGCGAGAUGUGGUUGGCGAAGCUGGAGCCCAACGUCAUCAGCUACAGCGCUGGGAUCAGCGCGUGCGAGAAGGGCGAGCAGUGGCAGCGGGCGCUUGCGCUGCUGAGCAAGGGCGAGCAGUGGCAGCGGGCGCUUGCGCUGCUGAGCGAGUUGCGGGAGGCGAAGCUGGAGCCCGACGCAGCCAGCUACAGCCCUGCGAUCGUCGCUCUGAUUCGCAGAAGCGAUGCGACAGGCAAGUCAGCCACACCGCUGAGGAACAGCGCUUGA